AUGUCAGAUUCAGUACUCACAAAAGCUGCUUCUAAAACAAAGAUUUUAGAAGAACAACAACUUUAUGCAUACACAAAUUUUAUCAAUUAUAUUCUUAUUGAAGAACCCUUUGUAAGUAAUAUACUUACAGACCUUAAAGAUGGGUUAAUUUUAAUUCGGUUUUUAACGAAUCUAAGUGGUAAAGAAAUUCUUAAAACAAUAGAAACACCGUCAAAGGAUAUUGAAAAAAUACAAAAUUUAGGUGCAGUAAUUCAAUUUGCAAAAGAUGAAGGGAUUAAAGUCUUAACAUCUGCAGAAGAGAUAUUUAAUGGAGAAAAGAAAGGGAUUUUAUCAUUUAUGUAUCAAAUAUUGAGCAAAUAUAGACUUGGAAAUUGUCCUGUUAAAAUGAUUGAUUUUACUAAGUGGAUAAAAUCAAUUCUUAAAAUUGAAGACACUUCCUUUGAUCUUAAAAAAGAAUUAUCAGAAGGUAUUUUAUUUGCAAAAUUAAUUAAUUACCUUCAAAAUGAUUUAAUUAAUUUAACAUCUUUCACAGAGAAUCAUUUGGAGAAUAUACAAAGAUGUAUUGAUAUUGCAUACCAAAGACUAAAUAUUCCAAAGUUAAUUAAGGCGGAAUUUGUUGAGAAAAAUACUGUAGAUGAUUAUUGUCUUUAUUUUUAUUUAACUUUCUUUAUAAUGAAAGAAAAUGUAUUUGAUGACAAUGAAGUAAUGGAAACAAUUGCACAAGGAAUUAGAGAAAGAAAUGCUCAAUUAAAAAUGACGUUAAAAAAUAGAAUUGGAAAUAGUCUUAGAAGAAUGCUUGAUUGUUCAAAAAGUGUACGUAUUGUUUGGCCUAAUCUUGAUGAUCCUUCAGUCCCUGAAGAAGCAAAGAAUCUUGGAAUGAUGUCUAAUGAGUUAGAAGAAAUGUUAUCACAGUUUGAACAAGUGUCAUUAACAGAAGAUGAGUCUAAUAUAAUUGAUCUCAACAAAGAUCCAGUUAUGAUUGAUUUAAAACAUUGGGAAGAAUCAGUUAACAAAAAGAAUAAGGAGAUUAAAAUGAUGGAAAAAGAAUUAAAAAGUCAAAAGAGAAACACUCUUCCAAAUUCACAAACACCAAGAUUAGAUGAAAAAGAAAAAAUGAAAGAAAAUCGUAGAACUAUAAGUCCAAGGAUGAUGGGGUUAGGAACAGAAUUAAAACAAAGUAAAGAAGUAGAAGAAAAAAAUAGAAAGAUAGAAGAAUUACAAAAGAAUUUAGAGUUAGAACAAGAACAAAAAAAACAACUUAAAGAAAAGUUAGAAGAGCAAGAAAGCCAAAUUGAAAGAAUGAAAGAAGAAAUGAACAAAGAAAAGGAAGAGUUUGAAAAGAAUAAUAAGAAGAAUAAUAAUACAAUUAAUGAAAUGAAAUCAGUUUUUGAAUUAGAAAAGAAAGAAAAGGAUGAAGAAAUUACUAAACUAAAAAGUUCUAUUGAAGAACAAACUAUCAAAAUAGAACAAAGUCAAUUAGAAUUAAAAAAGCUUGAGGAAUUAAAAAUAGAAAGUGAAAAACAAAAUGAUAUCAAAAAACAAGAAAUAGAAAGAUUAAAUAAAGAAUUAGAGUUUAAAGACACUGAGCAUGAAAGAAGAAGUAAAGAAAAUGAACUUUCUUUUGAAGCACUUUCUUCUUCUUUGAAUAAAAAAAUUGAAGACUUGGAAAGAACAGAAAAAUUCAAGGAUGAAAAAAUUCAAGAGCUCGAAAAAGAAAAUAUCUCAAAAGAAGAAGAGAAUAAUUCUUUGAAGAAACAAAUUGAAGAAGAGCAGUCUGUUCAACAACAAACUUUGAGAGAAUGUGAUGAACUAAGAAAAGUACAAGUUGAUAUACUUUCAUCAUCAGCUCAAAAAGAUAAAAUGAUUCAAGAUUAUCAAAAUGAAAUUUCAAGAAUUAAACAAGAACUUGAAACAGAAAAAGAAAAUAGAAAAUCACAAGAAUCUUUCAUUUCUGAAAUGAAAAAAGAAAAUGAAAAGAUUCAAUCUGAAAAAGAAGAACUUUUAAGUAAAAUUUCUGAUGAACAAAAACUUAAAGAUGAAAUUAAAAGAUUAACAGAAGUUGUUGAACAAUACAAGUUAAAUCAAGCAGACGAUGAAACAGACAGAAAGGUAUUAUUUAAUUCUCUUGCACUAGCAAUUAAAAUCGUUGUUCCUAAUAGAAUUAUUGAAGAUAAUACAAUGCUUUAUGAAGAAUGUAUGAAAGAACAUGUUCCCAUCAACAAUUGGAAUAUGUGGCUUAUUGAACGGUUAACAAAAGAGUAA